UAUGACAAGAGAUCUGGAAGACCAGUUUGGGAAUGCCGUUGUCUCGGACAUCUCGUAUCAGACGGAACUCCAGGUUCAUCUUCCGAUGGCAGCUAUGACAGCUCAGCUUUGCAGCUCUGUAUCUUCUCUCUGAAUAUAUGUAUGUAGGUAGCUAGUUUAUCUAUAUGGUCUUAUUAGUCAAAACAGUGUCAUCAGGAUCCCUGACUCGUGGGAGACAGUAGGAGAGGGUUUUGUGUACCUUAUGCAACUGUCUGACGACCCAAGCCAACACCAAGACAUUUGCCCGGGACCCUGGGAAUGGGAAUGAGGGGAGAGGAUAAGCCUUUGGUCUGGUACUCGUUAGUAGACGAUAUGGAGGAUUCCGCCUGUGGUUGUGGUUGUUGUUGUUGUUGUUGGACGAUACCCGAUCUGCCGGGGCGUGAAAGAGACGUGCUAGGCGGAUCUUGGCACCCCGAUUCCAGCGCCUCCGAAACCCCCUGUGACCGAGAUCCGGCACGCCCACCCCCCCCCCCCCUAAUAACCGAUUGACGGCCCGCCCGUUCUUAACUACAACUACACUUUGUCUUUCUUCCUCCCACCUCAACCUGCUGUGGUACCUACCGUAACCAGCAGCCAAAACCCGAACUUGGCAAAACUUUAUCUUCGUCACAGGGACCAUAAACCGGUAUUUUGGACUCGGCGAGACGAGACAGCAAAAAACUUGCAGAAAAGGGAAAGAGUCUUUAUAUCAGACUGGUCCAUCCCACCACAAUUACAGGGAGCCCAGCCAGUCCGCCGCCCAACGUCUUUCUCAGCUGCUAUUACUAUCUAGGUAGGUUAUCAAAAACGACACCACCACCCACACACGCCCCCGGCCCACCAUCCACCCCUUGUCCACACCAACACCGGAUCUUAUUCCCCAUAUCGUUGCUUAGACGAGCAACAACUCCUCACUUUUGUUUUUUCUGAGACCACGUGCGGGUUGGGUUUUGUCUCUAUAAGAUAGUUUCCCCGGAGUGUUUAUUUUUUGGGGCAUUGCAAAAAAGACUGAGACGGGAAGUCUGUUGGGUUGGUUGGGGUCACACAUACACACACCACACUCACCACCACCGUCCACCUUGAUUUUCACAAAGGGGUUUUUCAAAAGCCUCAAGUCAGAAACAACGACGAACAGGAUGAAAUUCGGGAAACAGAUUCAAAAACGGCAGCUCGAGGUGCCCGAGUAUGCCGCCAGUUUUACGAAUUACAAGGCACUCAAGAAGCUCAUCAAAAAACUCUCGGCAACACCAGUCCUCCAGUCUCAGAAUGGCGCCACCGGCGUUCAGGCAACCGGCUUUUGUGCUGCCACACCGGGCAGCAUCAGCGGCGGGUUGGAGCACCUCGACUCGCAAGCCGCCCUCCAAGCCAACAAGGCCACAUUCUUUUUUCAACUGGAAAGAGAACUAGAAAAGGUCAACGCCUUCUACCUCCAAAAAGAAGCCGAGCUCAAGAUCCGGCUCAAGACGCUCCUCGACAAGAAAAAGGUUCUCCAGUCCCGCCAUCAGCAGGGCGGGGGGAACAACCUGUCCCGGCGCUCGGCAAAGUUCACCACUCUGCAGGAAGGUUUUCAACAAUUCGCCAACGACCUCAACAAGCUCCAGCAGUUUGUCGAGAUCAACGGGACUGCCUUUUCCAAGAUUCUGAAGAAGUGGGACAAGACGAGCAAGUCCAAGACCAAGGAGCUGUAUCUGAGCCGGGCGGUGGAGGUGCAGCCUUUUUUCAACGCGACGGUGAUCAGUGAGCUGAGUGAUCAGGCCACGACGAGCCUGCAGGAGCUGGGGGCGUGGGCGGAUGGGGAGAAUUUGAGCUUUCAUGAGACGGGGACGACCGCAGGGCAUAUUGUCAGUAGUCAGCAUCUGCUUGGGACGGACGAGGGGGAUGCGGACACGCUGCUGCUUGAUACGGUGCUGAGUGGGAAUUUGGAGGGGUUGAGGGAUUUGCUCGGGCGGAUGAGGGCUGCUGGUGGGGACGAGAGACAGCAGCAGCAGCAGAACAUGGUCAUGAUGGAGCGGGUGACUAGGACUUUUCUCGCGAGCAUCAAUGAGGGUCCGUUGGAGGCGCUGCAUGUGCUGUUGGAGACGGGGUUGGUGGAUAUUCAGAGCGAGGAUGAUAUCAACGAGAGGAAUUGUCUACAUCAGGCGGCGAUAUAUGGGAACGGGUUUGUGCUGGAGUAUGGGCUUGCUAAGGGGGUGGCGGUGGACCGGACGGAUGUUUAUGGGCGGGUGCCGUUGCAUUAUGCGAGCAUUCAUGGGAGGCUGGAUAUGCUGGACAAGUUGCUCGCGGGGGCGCCAGAGACGAUCAACUUGAUUGAUCAUGACAACUAUACGCCGCUGAUUCACGCGAUCGUGCAUGGGCAUCUGGAGUGUGUGGGGAGGCUGUUGGAGAGGGAGGCGAGGUUGGAUCCGGUGUCGGACACGGAUCAUGUGCCGUUGAAUCUGGCUUGUGAGCAUGGGUCGUUGGCUGUUGCCGAGCUGUUGCUGAAGCACGGGGCGAGGAUAUUGGCUGAUGCCGAGGGGCUUUACCCUCAGCAUUUGGUGGCUAGGUCGGGCCAGACGCCCGAGUUGUUGCUGCUGCUCCAGAACUACGGGGCGGACUUGGACCAGAUUGACAAGCUGUAUGGCUGGACACCGUUGGUACACGCGGCGAGCGAAGGGAACGUUCCUUGUCUUCAGGCCCUGCUGAAUGUGGGCGCCGACCCAAACAUUCUGGACGAAAAGGACCUUCCGGCAAUGUACUAUGCAGCCUGGGAGGGUCAUCUGGAGUGCAUGAAGCUCCUCACGCCGCUCAGCAAAGACAAGACGUCCAGCCCACUGGCACGGCAAGUAGCGGCCCCCUUGGCCCCCAUGGCCAGCAGCAGCGCCCCCAUCCCCAUGUCUCUCGACGUGGACGCCAUCCCGGUCCUCGAGCUCCCACCGCCAAUCAUCCCACUACGCCGUUACGGCCACAACUUCCUCGACAACAAAACCGUCGUCCAAAUCAACUUUGACGGCGACCAGCCCCUCGUCUUCUUCCACGACAGCAAAUACCCCGCCGCCCGCCUCACCAUCUCCUCCAAGGUUUCGGAUGUCAUCCCCAAGAACAUCAUGCUCCCCUUCCAAGAAGACACCCGGCUCGUCUCUUUUCAGAUUGACAACCUCGACUCUUUCACCCUAGACUUUGACGUCUUCCCGGCCUACGGCGCAAAGGUCAUCGCCAAAACCGUCGCCCUCCCCAACACAUUCCGCGCCUUGCUAAACUCCAACUCGGGCAGCUGCUGCCUCCCUCUCUUCGACCCCCGCCUCCGCGCGAUCGGGCAAAUCAGCUUCCACGCCCAGGUCAUCAAGCCCUUCCAAGGAAAACCCCUCGAGAUAACCGACUUUGAGACCUACUGGAAGGCAACCUCCCAAUUCGACACCCCCUCCAUGCCCGCCACCACCCCGGCCAUGCCCAACACCACCUUUGUCACCGGGUCCUCUCUAACCGGCGACUUUGUCCGGAUUUAUGUCCAGCACACCUCAGAUGGCAUCCCGGUCCUCUGGCCCCAAUGGACGGUCCCUUGCACUGCGGGGAUUGACAUCCCCGUGUCGAGGUUAACACUCUCCCAGUUCAGGACCGUAACCGGCCCUUCUCUUGCCGCCGCACUACCAGACGACAUCCCCUCUGUCCACAAAAUCCUCGCCUCGGCAGGGGGAACAACACUUCACGAGGCGUUGUCUCUCUUGCCGAAAGGAAUGCACGUCAACAUCCAGGUUUUAUACCCCACACCAGCUGAGCGGGAGAGGAUGCUCCCCCUCACCGGCGCCGGCCACGGCCUCAGUGCUGAUCUGAACGCUUUUGUUGAUGCGAUCUUGACAGUAGUGUUUGACCACGCACGUGCGCAGAGGAGUGGCCCGGGGAGGGGGGGGAGGAGCGUGGUGUUUAGCAGUUACAAUGCUAGCGUUUGCACGGCGCUGAACUGGAAGCAGCCGAACUUUCCGGUAUUUUUGUGUAACGAUUUGGGGAAGGGGGGAGAUGGGGAGGAGGGACAGGGGGUUAGUGUCAAGGAUGCGGUGAGGACGGCGCAGAGUAACAACUUGAUGGGGUUGGUCUGUUGUGAGAGGUUGUUGGACAUGGUGCCUGCGCUCGUGGAUGCGAUUAAAAGUCAUGGGCUGGCGUUGGUGGUGGAUAAAUCUGCUGCUGCUGCUGCUGCUGCUGCUGCGAGUGAUAGCAUCACACCCCCUACAGCAACGGGAGGGGAUAUCUUUGGUGUUGUUGCCGAUCCUUUUCCGAGGUUGCCAAAGGGGGUGGAUGGGGUGUUGAAACGGGAUGGGAUCUUGAAGUUUUGUGAGUCGAUUGAUGUUUGA